CUCACUCAACCUCUCUCCGGCUCUGCGCAUCGUCAUGCACCGAGAUACUUCGUUCCUGAGCUCCUCCAUGACUUGAGUUGUGAUUUUUAUUAUCUCUUCUUCUUUUUUUUUUUUUUGCCCUUUUUUUUCCCUAUUUGCCUGGAUGCGUCAAUAGUUGUGAUUUCUACACUUUGAUUUACGGAUUACUGCGCCUGAGUUGUUUACGUCUUUGGAGCACCUGAGCGCGAUGAACCUAGAGCGCAGCGACAGAAGGGAGCGUCCCACACCCCGAGGGCCAGAGAUGGAGGCUCGCUCGGGGGGGAAAGUGGGGAAGAUCAUGUCCGUGGGCUUCCAGAGGAGCUCCACAUCAGAUGACGACUCUGGCUGUGUGCUCGAGGAGUACGCCUGGGUGCCGCCGGGACUCAGGCCUGAACAGGUCCAGAUGUAUUUCGCCUGUCUGCCAGAAGACAAAGUGCCGUACGUGAACAGCCCAGGAGAGAAACACCGGAUCAGACAGCUCCUCUACCAGCUCCCGCCACACGACAACGAGUUGCGCUACUGCCAGUCGUUAACGGAGGAGGAAAAGAGGGAGCUUCAAAUGUUCAGCACCCAAAGAAAGAGGGAGGCGCUGGGGAGAGGGACGCCAAAGAUCCUCCCCAGAGCCCUGCAACACACUCGCUGUGAAAACUGUUGUGGCGGCAUCAAUGGAGGGGAGAUGGCUAUUUUUGCCUCCAGAGCAGGGCCGGGUCCCUGUUGGCACCCGGCAUGCUUUGCCUGCUCCAUGUGCCAGGAGCUUCUGGUGGAUCUCAUCUAUUUCUAUCAAAAUGGCAAGAUCUUCUGCGGGAGACACCACUCGGAGCUCAUGAAACCUCGAUGCUCUUCUUGUGACGAGAUCAUCUUUGCAGAUGAAUGCACCGAGGCUGAGGGACGUCACUGGCACAUGAAGCACUUUGCCUGUUUUGAGUGUGGGACUAUGCUAGGUGGACAGCGGUACAUCAUGAAAAAUGGACGGCCCUACUGCUGUGGGUGCUUUGAGUCGCUGUAUGCAGAGUACUGUGAGGCCUGUGGUGAAAACAUUGGUGUUGACCAUGCUCAGAUGACCUACGAAGGCGUUCACUGGCACGCCACAGACCAGUGCUUCUGUUGUGCCCAGUGCAAGACGUCUUUGCUGGGUUGUCCCUUCUUACCCAAGCAAGGGCGCAUCUAUUGCUCAAAGGCCUGCAGCCAAGGGGAAGAUGUACAUGCCUCAGACUCAUCAGAUUCCGCUUUCCAGUCAGCCCGCUCUCGUGAAUCCCGACGGAGCGUCCGCAUGGGGAAAAGCAGUAGGCCCGCUGAACAGUGGCGACAGUCACAGCUGUUUAGCUCUCCUACUACAGUCACCUCUUAUGAGCACAGGUUUGGGGAGGGUGAAGGGGACAGAGAUGGCGAUGGGGACAUUGAUAUAGUGGGGAGCAAGCUAACUCGUCUUGGUCUGGAGGAGGAGAGGUUCUGGAGUGAGCGGGAGGAACAGGAUGCCGGUGGAGAGGAGGAUCCAGAGGAGUGGGCUCAGCAUGAGGACUAUAUGACUCAGCUCCUGCUCAAGUUUGGUGACCGUGGCAUGCUGCACCAACAUCAGCCACCGUCCCUAAAAUCACCUAGUCCCAACAGUGACUCAACGCAGGUAAUAAGUCCGUCAGAUCCCUGGCUGAAGUCUGAUUCAAAAUCUGUGGGUCUUAACCCCUCGUCCCCCGCCCCUAACAGUCCCACCCAGAGCCAGACUUCUGAUCAGUCUCGAGCCAACAGCCUCAGUCCAGGCUUGAUGGACAAGAAGCAUCUACCUGAAAUGUACUGGGCCCAGUCACAGGACGGCCUCGGAGACUCAGCAUAUGGAAGCCAUCCAGGUCCUGCCAGUGCAAGAAAGAUCCAAGAGCUAGAGUAUGACCAAGAUCAAGAGCAGUCUGGAGUAGGAAAGCAGGCUUUUUGGCCAGAUACAAGGGAGUGGUACGAGGACUCCCUGGAGUGUAUUGCUGACGAGCUAAGGAAGGCUGAGAAGAGUGUUGGAGACUCCAUGGAUUCCCUUGCUUUGUCAAACAUCACUGGUGCAUCAGUGGAUGGGGAUGCACCCACAGUCUACAACCUUCAUGGCAUCCAGGAUUCUUCCAUGACUGUCGAGUGUGAGAAAAUGAGCAACAUGGGAACAUUUAAUUCAUCCCACAUACACCACAGCGCAAACUCCCUUAGUCUCAACAUGGAAAAGAGAGUUGAGGAGGCAGAGAAUGGGAUAGGGCUUGGAAUGAGGGUUGCUGCUCCCACAGGACUUCACGCAAUAUCUCCACAUUCAGAGGGCCUCCCUGGAUCUUUUGUUCAAGCUCCGGCUCUAAGGAGGAGCAAGUCACAAUCCAGGCCUCCUCAAAUGGUGAAGUUCUCAGAGGACACAGUGGACAAUGGAUAUAAUGAUGGAUUUGAGGUUAGUGUUAUGAAACAUCCCAUGAGUGAGAAGCCACAAAGGAGAGCGUACUGCCCAGAUGAACCCGGCAGAGCAAGAAGCCACUCGACAAGCCACCACAGCAGAGGGAGGCCCCAACACCACCGACAGGGCCGGCGCCACAGGAGCCGCAAAACCCGCUCGGACAACGCGCUUCACAUGGUACCUGUAGAGAGAGCGCAGAGGCUGUUUGAGCCUCAGCAGCAGGGUAUAGUAAGUCCACCAUAUGGUGCGAUGCGUCUUCAGAACCCCACACACAUGCUGCCGCUGGCCUACUCCCAAACCCGAUCUGACUAUAUGCUCCGUAGCUCAAACCAGAAUGACCCACGGUUUGAACAUUUCAUGGGUCUCCACAGAGAUGACGACGAUUGGUGCUCAACUUGCUCCUCAUCAUCGUCAGACUCUGAGGAAGAGGGGUAUUUUCUUGGCCAACCAAUCCCACAACCUCGAGCGGUUGGGCGCUACUAUGCAGAAGACUACCCAACAAGGGUGACCGCGCUCACGGCCCUCAGCCACGGCUCACAGACUGGUUGCAGAAAGGGCCAUAGCUCCAAAAACUGCAUCAUUUCUUAGCGAACCAUGCCAUUAAUCUUAUGAAGUGCACUACACAAAGCAAUAUGGUGAAGAUUUUUAGUUAGGUCUGUCAUAUUCUGUAAAGAGGCCAUUUCUGCGCUGUUUAGACACUUAUUAUGUGUAUGCAAAGCUGGUUAAAAUGUUCAACAUUGAUAGGAUUUGAAUAUCAGUGGAAGUUUGGAAUUUCACCAAGAGAGGAUUUUAUGUUCAGUUAAUAGUUUUGCAAUGGUAAAUAUGGUAUACGGUAAAAACAUUUCCCCCCUCCAGAGGUUAACAAUGCAAGUAGAGCCAAGAAACUAACCAAAUAACUAUUUAAUGUUUACUAAGACAACAUAAAAAUGUAAAUAAUAAGUUAAAAUUUCAGUUCUAGUAUUUUAUACUCUUUUAAAAGUGUAAAAAUGGUUUUGCUUGAGUGAGAAGAAUCACCAAGUUGUCCACAGAAAAAGGCCACAUUAUUCCUGUUUGAUGUUUGCAACACCUUCCAUAUUAUGUAAUCACAAACCAGUACAGAACUGGCAGCAACACACCUGUAUUUGCACCUGACCAGCAGCAUUGCUCUAAGAUAACCAACGUACGCUCUGUGAUGUAAAGGUGAUUGCAAUAAAUAUUUUUUCUC